CUGGUAGGAAUUCCCCACGCAUCAGCUUUCCGUAAGAAAAAAAAACAAGAAAAAAACGGUGUAACCUUUCGUCAAGCACGAGAAAGUAGUGAAACUGGAGUUGCCUCAGUCGUUGUGCUGUACCGAUGAUGUCGAGCUUUCAUCUCACAUUUGAAGAAUUACAUCUUUUUGGGGGAUUAUUACCAAGAUGUUGAUAAGUGCCUACUGACGAUAUUUGGCUACUGUCCGAUGUUGAUGAAGCCAUCAUUCAUGAGGCGUAAGACAUUGGAAUUUUAAAUGUCUGACGCUCGGCUAUAACAUAAGGACUAAAGGUCUUGAACUAUCGUGCACAUGGUAUCAAAUCAAUCAACUGGGUCUGGCCUGAAGUUGCUGCUAGUGAACCUGCAACAUUGUAUCAACUAGCCUAUUCCAGGCCCUACCCUGAGAGUUUCCCAUGGCAGUGAGCUUGGAACAGACAGCUGUUUUGGGGAAAAGUUUUCAGGCAGGUGUAGAUGCUCCAGACGCAGCAGGCCCCAGGAAGAGGCUGCCUCCAUCCAUCUGUGCGGCUCUUCUCUGAUUCCUGGGUCUCUCAGUCUCACUUUGCACCACACCUUAACAGGGACCACAGAGAAAAGAAACAGGAGUGAGGAGGCCACUGGAUAUUCUCAAGAAGGGAAGCCAUUUUGUUUUGACCCUCAGUAUCACUGACCUUUCAACCUUUGGUUCAAUCUGGUGGUUUCCUUGUGAUUGGACACUCCCUAGAGGGGUAGGAAAUCACCCUCCCCGUCUGUCCGUCUGCGUCCUACCUUCGGACCUCCAUCACUAUGGCGACCUCGGUGCAGCCCAACGAGUUGGUGUUUGAGUUCGCUAGCAAUGGGAUGGAUGAGAUAAACCAGCUGGAUGAUCCGUCCGUGUUCCCAGCAGUCAUCGUGGAACAGGUGCCCGCUGCUGACCUCAUGCAGGUCUACUCGGGCAUGGAGUCGGACGAGGUGACCAACGGCAUUAUGGUGGACAACACUGUACAUGUGAUGGAGGAGCCCAUUAUGGUCGGAGACGUGGGCCUCUCAGUAGAAAGGACGGUAUCGGGUACAGAGGAUAACAUGGAGACCAAUGAGGCUGCGGCAGCCCUUCUUAACAUGGAGUCACCAAACAACAUUCUGGAUGAGAAACGCAUGAUUCAUACGUACGGGACCAUGUUGGAGUCUGACUACACCUACAUCCACCUGCGGCCGGAGCCCAACGGCUGCAUGGAUGUAUCGCUGGACGAUGAAACAUCCUCCAUGGACGAGAUCCCUCAGAAGAGCGUGUCCAAACCACAGAGGAAAACCAAAAUGCGCAAGCCUCGGCCGGUGCGCCCCUGCUCCCCCAUUACCACUCCCAACCUACCACUCAAGAAGAAGAGCAAGGAGGGCAAAGGGAACACCAUCUAUCUAUGGGAGUUUCUCCUGGCCCUGUUGCAGGACAAGAACACUUGUCCCAAGUACAUCAAGUGGACACAGAGGGAGAAGGGCAUCUUUAAGCUGGUGGACUCUAAGGCCGUGUCCAAACUGUGGGGCAAACACAAGAACAAACCUGACAUGAACUAUGAAACCAUGGGCAGGGCACUCAGGUAUUACUACCAGCGUGGUAUCCUGGCUAAGGUGGAGGGUCAGCGGCUGGUCUACCAGUUUAAAGACAUGCCCCCCGACCUAGUGGUGAUUGACGACGAGGACCCAUGCCCCGACCUCACCUCUGGCUACGGGGGCCAGCGCCCCAGCCACCACGGCCGGGGAGGCUCCAGAGGGGGGCAGGGUAAAAUCCAUGCCCAUGGGCACCGUCCUAUAUCGGUAAAACAAGUGAAGAGAGAGCCCAUUGAUAUGGAUGGAGGGCUGUACCAUGAGGUCAAUGGUAAACAGGCAGAACACAUGAUCCAGACAGUCCACGUGCUGCAGCCCAACCAGAGGGCGGCUGUGCCGGCCUCCACACACACUUUGAGGACCAUCAACAUGCCUAACUCCGUCCCCAUGGUCCUGACGUCUUCUGGCCAGCUGCAGCCCCUCCUGUCCAACGGUGACUCGUCCAACCACUCCUCCCAGCCCAGGGUCAUCCUCCACACCGUCCCUUCUACCACGGCGGGGGGCAAGGAUGUGCUCACCAUCCAGACGGCCUCCCUGGCCACCGGGAUGGGCAGCCUCCAGGAUCACCAUCAGCACCCCCAGUUCCUUGUCACCAGCCUGGGCUCCACUACCACCACAGGGGUCCUCAGCUCCACCACUGCCUCCCUCAACGGCCUUCCCCGUAUGGUCACUCUCAACACGGCCACCGGUCAGACCAUGGUGGCCCAGCAGCCGGGGACCGUCAUUGCUACGGUCCUCAAGUCCUCCAGCGGUGGCGAGCUCCUCCAUGGCCUGCACGGCAUCAAGGAGGAGAUGCUGGACCCCUACUACCUGCAGUCAUUGGUUAAUGGAGACCCGUCGUUUGGCAAGGAGGAGAUGGAGGCAGGGGAAGCAGAGCUCACCUACAGGACUGUGAUCAUCGGGAAGAAUCAAAGCCUUGGACCGAACCAGGGGGAGACUGGAAGCGAGUCUCCAGUGAACGGAUACUUUUCCCAGGGAAGCAGCCCCAGUGAGGGCCUGACCCCCGUGGAGGAGCUAGAGGUGCGCGGGGAGAUGGCCCUGCAACCGGAGCACAUGGUGGGGGUCAAGGGGCUCCAGGAGCUGCCAGAGAUCACUGUCCACCUCCCAGCCUCCUUCAUCCAGAUCAAGGCAGAACCCACAGAGGUCUAGUAGACCACAAGCUUACCUUUAUUGUCAUGAGUCUUGUCCUGGAGGCAGAACUGAGUGAUUUCCACUAGAUGGUCCAGCUGAAAAGUCAAAAUUGUCUCUAUCAUAAAAAUUAAGGAAGACAAAAAUUAGCUUUUUGAUCUUAAUUUAGGGUUAGGCAUUAGGAUUCGCAGUGUGGUAAAGAUUAGUUUUUUAUUUUACCUUUAUUUGAACAGGGAGUCACCAUUGAGACCAGUGUUUCUUUCACAAGGGAGCCAUGCACAUACUAUUCAUAAGACAAAAUCGAAUUGAAAUCAGAUACAAUGUAAAACAAACUAAAAUACAGCACAACACAAAUAUUCUUACAUUCCUUAGUAAGAAGUUCCCCAAUUAGUAUUUGCAAUUGCCGGCAGUACAACAUCCAAUUGUAAUGUAUUGUAAAACUGGUUCCAGCAAUGAGGUGUAUUAAAACUAAAAGAGGAUUUACUUAGUUCUGUGGAGACCACAAGGAACCUCAAGAGUUUGGUAUCUCCUGAUUUUAUACUUUAUAUCAUGUUUUAUACUUUAACAACGAAGUGAGGUAAGUUGGAAGCUUGUGUAGUAGAGCUUUGUAAACAAGAAGGGAGUAAUGAAGUGAUAUAUGGGACGUUAAUGAGGACCAGCCAACCUUUUGAUACAGGAUGCAGGGAUGAGUAAUAAAACUGUCACCUAUGGAGAAAAAACCUGAAUGGCACUAUGGUAGACGGCAUUCACAGGUUUAAGAAUAGUGGCUGCGGCAAUCUGGUAAAUGGUGUCACCAUAGUCAAGAACUGGUAGGACAGUUGACUGUACAAUCUGCUUCCUGCUAUUUAGGGAUAGGCAAGAUCGAGUUAGAAAAAGAAGCCCACUUUAAACCACUUUUUUAAACUAUCUCAUUCGUAUGUUUUUGUCAAUCCAAAUGUCCAGAUAAUUAUUGGCGGGAUUCCGAUCGAUGGGAGAACCAUCCAAUGGAUAACUAUAGUCCAUCAGGUUAAGGUUAGGUUUAAAAUCUGAUUUUACGACUUUGUGGCUGUUCCAGCUAGUGCCCACUCUGCAGAGCUGCCUCCAGGGCAAGAUUCAUGACAAUAAAUGCCAACCUGCUAAUAGGCCUGGACUCUCCAUCAAAGUUGGACUAUAAAAUGAACAUAAAGAAAGACAACCGAAAGGGCAAUUCCACCACUUUACAACCUCAUUUUCAUUGUCUCCAGUAAAAUACCAUUGUCUAUGUAAAAAUGGCGCAUUUGUAUGUUUUGUCGAAACAUAUAUAAAGUUAAAAAGUUCAACCCAACAUCAUCAAAAGUUAACACAUUUUAGGACCUUUCCUCUUAUCUUUUUAACCACAGAUCAUAGAAACACGCUGUUUUCACAUAUGUAGACACUGGUAUGGUGCUGGAGAUAAUGAAUAUGAGGUUGAAAAGUGGUGCAAUUGCUUUUUAACGAAGUUUCCUUGUUCUUAUCCCGUUGAUAAUCUUAUUUUGAAAAGCGAUGGAUUUUUAAGUGUGGAGCGACAAACAGAGACCAAACGUUGUCCCCUGCAGGAUGUUUUUGCUUACUCACUGAUGUUGUGAUCCCGUGCCCAAAUUUCAACAUCAAGGGAUUGUUUUGUGAUGUGUUGUUGAAGGCUCCAUAGUUCGAAAGGCCCUCACUCGGAUCAAUCUACCUACCUACCUUGCUACUGUUAGUAGACCCGCCCCCUUCCCAAACCUGUCCCCACCAGGAGAACAGCCAUUGGAUAACCAGGGAUCUACCCCACCACAUGUGCCAGUUAGAUUAGUAAAUGUUCUCCCUACCAGUACAUCUCAUCAGACUUGUGUCAAUGCUAACAGACAAAAACAGCAAACCAAAAACAGGAGAUGGGAACUCAUGUGGGAGAAUGCAAUGAAAUCAGACUUGAUGAGCAGAAAAUGUGUCAUUUCUACAUGCCGUCUCCACUUUUUUUUAAAGGAAGAAUGACGGAAACGCACCUUACUGACCUUUAAUGGAAGAGUGCCUUAUACGUAAAGGUAAAACAGUUCAAACUCUUGACUGGAAAAGUCUGAGGGGGGGAAAAUGACGGUUCAGAUUGUUUUGACUCAAACGAUUGUGACUUAUCCGGAGUUUCCUCCAUAUCCCCCCAUAUUAUAAGUUGUCGAUAAGGUGUGCUUUCCCCUCCAUUACUCAUUGCCUUACAGCAAUGUGUUACUAUGGAAAUGGGCAUUUCCUGUCCCCUUGGACAGUCCAAUCACAAACCUGUUUGUAUAUAGCUGCAGACUUGAUGCAGGGAGAGAGAGAGAGAGAGAGAGAGAGAGAGAGAGAGAGAGAAAGAGUGAGAGAAAAUACGGAGGAAAAAUAAAAUAGAUUUUACUAGCCUCCUAUCUUCCCAUUAAGGCCUUUAAUCCUGUUUAUAUGAAAUGGAAUAUAUAUAAAUAUAUAUAAAGUAAUAAUAUACUAUUGAGAUUCAAUUUAAGGCCACAAAUGUAUUUAUUUUGUGAAUUUCUAAAUUCUGUAUAAAAAGGCACAUUUGUUUGUUAUUUACAUAUGGAAAACACGAGGGAUAAUAUGCAAAGUAUAUGAAAUCAAAUAACAGGAAGCUCAUAUGUCGGUGAAUUUUUUUCUCCAAAAAGCUGAUAUGUUUUUUUUAAGCAUUCCUUAUAAUCAGCGCAGCAUUGAUGAUGAUACUUUCUCUGUUUUGGACUCAGUGGUUUGCCCCGACGCAAAUGAUGGUCUCUAUAAACAUCUCUGUCCUGUGUCAUUUAAACAUUGUGUUGUAUGUGCUUUGGUUCUUCUUCCCUUUGUACAGCGGACACAUCUCUAGCCUUAUUCAACAGUCAAGCAGUAGAGAUCAGUUGGAUAGAUUCACACACCCCUGUCCAGUUAAUUUGGUAAUUUGUUCUCAAUCAGGUCCUCUGUGACCUCUCCUAACCCAGUUAUUUUGUGACGCAAAUUGUGACUCAACACGGGUGUUUUCCUCCCUACUUCUAUGCAUUUACAAUUCCGGUGCUGCGCUCCUAGCUCUUAGUCUUUGGUCAGACUGGUGUCUGUGCUCUUUUUAUUGGGUGUCCCAGUUUUGUUAAGGACGCAUCAGUCUUAUGUCAACCAAAGGGCUCUCUGUGUUGACAAUCUGAAUGUUGUACAGUACAAAGUUAUGAAAAGUUGUGACAAUCAAUGCUCUCUAGGGUUACAGAAAGUACCAAAACAGUCUUUGGUGUUGAUAAUUGACUGCAAUGAACUCUGUGGGUGGGGUUGCCUGGAUUUUCCUGCUUACAGACGCUUAUGUUGUAUAUAUAGGUAUUUUCCUUUUUAAGCACUGUUGUAUGUGAGAUGUUGGCGUCUGUCCGCGCUGUCUGUCCGAUCAUUACGUUUUCCUUUGUCUUGGGUUUUCUGUGGUUUCCUCCUAUGCUGAAACUAGAUUAGAGUUUUUUUAAGAAAGAAUAUUUAGGCCCAGUGCAGUCAAAGCGUUAUUUUCCUGUGUUUUAUAUAUAUUUCCACACUAUGUGGUUGGAAUAAUACUGUGAAAUUUUGAAAAUGAUAAUGCCCUUUUAGUGUAAGAGGUGUUUGAAAAGACCACCUGAAAUUUCUGCCUGUUUUGGUGGGAUAGAGUUUCAGCCUAUGUGGUGACAUCACCAGACAGUAAAUUAGUUAAUAGACCAAUAAGCAAGCGUUCCAAUCCUCUCUGCCAAUAACAGCUAGUUUUCAGUUUUCCCCUCCCCACCCAGGACACUCCCAGACAGUCCUGUCAACAUUCUUGCUUGAGAAAUUGCUCUUUGCUAAGAAUCUAUUUUUGUUUCUUUUUGACCAUUGUAAUUGAAAACAAUCCCAGUAAGGUACUUAAAUGUUACCCAGAAAUGAUUUGAUGUUGAGAUGAAAACGGCUGCAAUGGACCUUUAUAAUAAUAAAACACAUUUUGCUUAUA